CCCAAACGGUCCAGACCUGUCAGCCCGGAAGACACACGCGCAGCAAUUCAACACUUUCACGAGCCACCGACCUACUGAGUAGUAUCGGAGAUUCCGACUGUUGGCAGCGUGACAUUAUACGCGCACCGCAGUUCGUUUUACAACUAAUCGCAUUUCGCGAGUUUUGUUCUUUCGUUCAUCGUCGAAAGUUUAAAACACUUCCGUCGAAGUUCGAAGAUUUUCCUCUGCGGAAGAUUACUACUGGACAUUGCUCGAGGACGAACCCUUAUUCGCACUCUUUCUAUCUCUAUCGGCAGCGAUACGAGGAUUCUCUCGCGACGUGGUACAAGCAGUGAUCUCACUCCCAGGAGUCAGCCGUGCCCGAGACUAGCUUUGCGCGGGAGGAGAAGAGCGAGUCGAAGAACGACAGUCAAGAAAGACAGAUAAAGAGAGAAAGAGAGAGAGAGCGUACGAAAGUCUGCGAGCGAGGCAGAGAAAGAUAAAGAGAAAGAAAGAGAGAGAGAGAACGCGCAAGCAACAGAGAGGAUUGAGAAAGGAGAUAGAGGGAGACAGACGAAGUGGUGGGAGUGACUCCGGGCGUUAGCGAGAGAGCGAGAGAGGCGGGUAGAGGGAAAGGAGAGAUAGAGACUCGACCAAGAGAAGGAGCGGUGGGAAUUUAUAAGGAUGUUCGCGAUAAUGCCGAUGGAGACAGAGGGGCACGGCAGGGAGUUCGGCCGGCGGCAGAAGAUGCGCGCCAAGUGCACGGUAGAGUUCGUCUGCAAGUACUGCCAGCGGCGCUUCACGAAGCCCUACAACCUCAUGAUCCACGAGCGCAGCCAUAAGGACGACGUGACCUUCACCUGCGAGGUCUGCGGAAAGUCCUUCAAGCGGCAGGACAAUCUCAAGCAACACAGAUGUGGGUGGCGGUGAGCGGGAGCUCUGAACCUCCUGCACCUUGACACACGCACACACACACACACACGCACACACACACAUACACACACUGAUUAAUAACACAAACAACGAUAACAACGACAACAGAAACAAUAACACAAAUACAACAGAGAGUAUGACAACAAUAACCCAACAAAUUACAACCAUGCACUUUUUAUUUGAUCACCCGCACUUUUUCCUGGUCGCGGUGAAAGCGCGAUCAACAACUAUGCCACUACCGCCACCACAGAAAACCCCAGCAUGCGUAUACUACUUUUUCUUCUUCUUCUUCUUCGUCUUCCUCAUCUUCUUCUUCUUCUCUGUCUGCCUCUUUCGCUAUUUCGUCUUCUCACUGUGUCUACGACUUUUACUACCCUCACUACUUCUUCAUCGUCGGCUAUUUCUUAUACUAACACACGGCGCGUACGGGUCCCACGCUUUAACGAGGCGGCGGGAAUGAUUGAUAGAUAGAAAGGAAAUGUAAAGAAUGUGAGUGGGAAGGAAGCGAGGGGUUUUCCCUAGAAGUGUACUUUCCUCAUCUUCCGAUUUCGACCAUCUCUGUUCCAGGAGCAUACACUCUGUUCCCUACAAGGGCUCCAACGGCUACUCAAAUGGCUAUUCGAAUGGCUACUCUAGGUAUUAGAAGCCAUCCGGCCAACUACUAUCCUAAACUCCCGUAGACACGCGUUUCUCUUUCUCUAUCGAAUGCUCUAGCUACCGACCAGUUCUUCCUCGAUGUUCCUCCUCUAUUAGAGCAAUCCUUCCAGUCGAUCCAACGACGAUGCAUCAAAACUUGCGAGAUGUCGGGUUUGCGUACGGCAAAGAAACCGCGAUACUCCGUCGAUUUUUGUCAUCAACCCUUGCCUAUCAUCCUCGCAUCUAGUUCGUCCGUCCUGCUUCUUUGAGUUUUUUUUCGCUUCUGUUCACCCUCCUGUAUUCCGAGCCUACACCCAGACGUCAGCCACAUCAGAGGAAUCUUCGAUCCGACCCGACACGAAGCACCAUUGCAGAGCCGAGAACGAUGGAAGCAAUCUGGGAUACAGCGACGCGGCAGACAAUUGUAAUUUCACCGAACUUUUUUUAUAAUUCGCCUGAUCCGAAUGGGUAAUGAUAUUCUUGCUAAGUACGUACCGAGCGAUUGACGAUGUCCGAAGCGUUUACGGAAUUGCCGUUAAAGAUAUAAUUCGAUAAAUAAUAUCAAAUUUUAUGCAUAAUUCGAGAACUUCCGCACCUCUAAUGAAUGUACAACAGUCAGCGUUCUGUAAGAUACACGAAUAUGAUACAGGAAGAUAGAUGCGACUACGGAAUGUAACAAAAUAAUUUAUUUAUCAGAUUAGAAGAAUAAUGUAAAACUCUUUCUAUCGACGUGCUCUGAUUUAAACGUUCACUAUCUCCUAUUAAAGAUGUUCUAAUCAUCUCGAUAAGAAUUUAUCCACGAACGUUUCAUGGUAGAUGAUGAAAUUGUCGACAAUGCCGAACCGCGUUAGCUCUUCUUGUUACGCGCAAUACCAAUAUAUUUCGAUCAAUAGACAAACGACGAAACUUCAAGAAUAAGAAGAAAAGAAAAUGAUGUUUGCAUCGGAUAUCUAUCGCGUAAUUAUAGAGAAACGAACCGGAAAUUCAGCCAGGAAUCAAAACGGACGAUCCACGUUCUUCCGCAUUUUCAUAACGGAAGCUACCACGACGCAGUUCCUCGCAGGGUCCCCGGGCUAACGUCCUAAAUUGGACUACGUAAUAACCCACUAGCUCUAUAAGAGCGCCGGUCGGAGGAUACGCUGUUCGCUUCUUCGCGUGCUACCGUGGACCACGCCCAGGCCCGGAGCGACGUCUUCCUGACCUACCACCUGGCAAUCAGGCCGCGGAGCUACUCGGCUUCCCCUUCAGAAAAUCCAUAUAAUCUCGCGACGGCGAUACGACGGCGAGUCGCAUUCGGGAUUGGCAUUCGCCGAAGCAAAAUCGUAUCUCGCGAGCGUGCGCGAUUGUUGCAUGUGAAGACACGACCGGACAACCUUGGAGGGCCACGUGGUACAAGGUGGGUCCGCGGUGGUAUCGCUGACGCAAAUACCAGUCAGCUGAGAUCGGUUUCCAGCGGGUGAACCCUUGGCGACGUGUCUCUUCGAUUCCGGCCGAGACGCCACCCAUUGAGGUGGAAUGAGGAUCAACCGUUAUUAUUUCCGAGCGUCGAUCGUAUCUUUCUUUCUCUUCCCUUUUUUCUGUAUUAUUUAGUUUCUCUUUUCCUUUAUUCAUACCCGUGUCCGUGCAGAUGGGUAUAAGAUGCUCGAAACAUGGACGGAGGGAGGAGAUCGCGUAUGAUGGAGCAAUCGGCACCACACAAUAUAUGCUCGAAGUAGGCAGACGUAAAGCGGCGUAGAUAGUGAUGCUGAUUCCCGCUUGCUUCUCGAGCAAAAUGCUAAAUUCGAGAAGCGAGUGGGAAAACGCGUGUGGCGAGCAUAAAUAUAAUCGUCGCGUUCGAAAUCGUUCAACUCAGAUGCAAACUGCAGAAACCUUCAGUUUUCGUAGAGGAGUCGGUAGGAAUAUACAUAUGUAAUUAGAGAGAUUUUGAAGAUAUAUAAAAUUAAUUGAUAACAAUUUUGUUUACCAAUUACGUCCUGAUUGUAAACGUAAUUAAACAUGUUAACGUUUUAAAUUUUUCAACGAAAUAAAUGUGCAAAAUCAUUACAUAUAUCAUAGAUUUUUAUAUAUUUUUGGAAAAAGUCAUAAUUAUGUUUUUUAUUUGUCACCUAUAUUUAUUUCCAUCUUAUAUAUGUUAUAUUCCUAUCGCUCCUCUUCUAACAUUUAUGUUAUACUUGAUGUUAUCGAUAUAUCUAGAUAUACUGCGCAAAAAGAUAUCACCCAAAUUAUCACAUAAUCAGAAUAAUGAGUUCUUGCUCUUCCUAUUCUAACCACUUCGACUCGAGUAUCACUCGAGUCCAUCGUGAUAAAUUGUAAAGAAUGUAUUUUUUGUAUUAAAUUUAAUAUAUUUCGCGGUAUGCUUUUCAAACUGUACAUUAAAAGGAGAGAAAGUGUUCGGACUUGUACGUUAAUGAGGGUUAAGGAAUUGGCGUGACUGGUUCUAACGUGUCUUUAUGACGACACCGUUAAAUAUCUUUUCGCUUUAACACGAGGGAAAAACCACAAAACGUUCUUAAAUGUUAGUACAAUAUAAUGUGUGUUUUUGCUACGGCGUCUCGAAGAAUAUCGAGAGUUGCUAUUUAGCUAAUUUGCACAAGUUUAUAUGAAAAAUUCAUAUAAAAAAAAAGGAACCACGAUGGCUUCGGGAGCAAACAGGAUUUUUUCUUUCUUUCUAACUUUUGAUUCCUCUUUAGUGGAAUGAAACCGCGGUCGUACUUUGUACAUAGCUUAAAUACGUAUCAGUGCGUCUUUAAUAUUAUUAUAUUAAUUAUUAUUAUUGAUUAUUAUUAUUAAUUAUUAUUUUAUGGAUGUUAUCGAAAUAGCGCUUAGUCAUUCUGUAAUUGUAGCCGCCGACAGGCCUCACGAGUGUAGAGCUGCAUUUCGUUGUACGGUAUCAUAGGAGUGAUAAUAAUGUUAUUUUAUUAUUAUUAAAAUUAUUAUUAUAUUAUAUUAUAUAUUAUUACCAUGAUGUAUCAAUAUCCAUGCAUGUAUCGCUAGCUUUACACCACCGAGGCACACGGUCAGCCUGGUAGAAAGGUUCAUGUUCUUUGUCUCUACAAGAGAGAUGAGACAACAUGCGCGUGAUGAUUCCAUGUAUGCUUUCCGCAAAACGUAUUGUAUUAGUGUGUGUGGGAAAAUUCCACUUCAACGGACUACAAAUAAAUUUACCAAGUUGUAAAAUGCUA